CAGUUCUCACUUAUGGUUACCAAAUCAGCGAGUUGAGUAUGUACUCAGAAACAAAGCUACUGCAUGUAGUUCGUGCUGAAGAAGCGAUGAAGAUGCUGUACUUGUUUACCCUCAUGCUGUCUGGUUUUGCAGGUGUUCUCUCUCAGAGCAGUGGUUGGGGUGUUAAUUAUCCGAAUAAUCUGAUCUGUGGUGUGAGAGGAUUCAGUGUCUCCAUUCCCUGUAGUUAUUAUUAUCCAACAUCAAAUCCCAAUAUUCAGGUGACACAAAAGCUUUGGUGCUCAAUGAACACAAACACAGGAAGGUGUACAGACCCACCAUAUGUUUAUGACAGCUCAUCAAACACCAAGUCAGACUUUGAGUACGCUGGAGAUGACAAAUCAAACUGCACUUUGUUAAUCCACAAUCUACAGUCCAGUUACUCUGGAAAGUACAAAUUCAGAUUUAUAACUAAUGUGGACAGUGGCAAAUGGACCGGUGAACCUGGAGUGAUUCUACAAGUUGCAGAUUUAAAGGUGUCACUAAUCAGGCUCAGUGGAAACGGAACCCUUAAACAAGGAGACUCGUUAAAUCUGAUGUGUGAUGUGAAGUGCACACACAGUUCCUCACAGUUUGUGUGGUCUAAGAACAAUGAGCGCUUACCUGCAUCAGGACCUGUUCUUCACUUUCCUGCUCUAACCGUGAGGGAUUCUGGGAGUUACACCUGCACUUGGAAAACCAAUGAGGUGUCAGGAUCUAAAACGAUCAGCCUUCAGGUCGAGGGUGAUUUUGCUCAAUGGCAAAUCUGGAUCAUUGUUUUGGUGAUUGCUGUCAUGAUUUUGGUGAUUGUGGCAGCUGUAAUUUACCACAGGAGGAAGAGAGUAGAAGCUCAAGAUGAAAACAGUAAGAAAAGUGCAGAGAAAGUACAGGUUGGAGAAAACACACAUGAUAAACAGAAAAAACCACAGCAAAACCACGUUCCUCAAUUGGAUGAUGAAACGUUGCGCAGGGAGGAAGUGACUUAUGCGACUGUGUGUGUCAAAGACAAGAAACUAAAGCAAGGGCGUGUCCACACUGAGCAACAGAAGGAGGAUGACAGUGUUAUCUACAGCACUGUCAAAAACACCUGAUCACAUUUUCACAUCUCGUUCAACCAGGCAUCAUCAGGCCUGUAAAUAUUUCCCAUGUGGGGAGUUAAAAUAAAAUGCAUGUCAAUGAUUCCAUUUUAGUGCUUACUGAUAUCAUACAAAGUGUCCAGAUGUUUGCUUUAAAUGCACGCUUAGACAGAACAUUGCCUUUAAAAUUCAUUUGUUUUAAUAGUCACUCCAGAUAUUUUCUCUUUAUUAAUUAUGUUGUUUUGGGAAACAGACUUCUUUCAAUCAUUGAUCUUCAGUAAGCACUUUAUCCUGUUCAGGCUUAUGGUGGAUUCUGAGUCUAUUCUGGGAACUCUGGGAGCAAGGCGGGAAUAAAUUCACCCUGGAUGGGACGACACACUCCUUCACACACUCAUUCACACACUCAUUCACACCUAAGAGCAAUUUAGUGUAGCCAGUCUGCCUACCGGCAUGUUUCUCAGAAUGUUGGAGGAAACUGGGGAACCCAGAGGAAACCCACGCUGACACAGGGAGAUUAUGCUGCUUAUUUUUUUUUCCCCCCUAAAGAUUUAUAAAUUCUGAUGCUCUGUGACUAUUAAUGCAGGUGCUUUUCUAAAACACAAAAAUCCAGUUUAUCUUUAAGUUAAAACAUUUCUUUUUUUUUUUUUAAACCAAGGUACAGAUAUAAACUUUUGUUUUGUUUAUUGUUGUACAGAGUAAACAAUAAAUGUUAUUAGUUCUGUUUUUAAAGGAUUGUAAGAUUCUGCAAUCCAAACCUUCUUAGACAAUGGCUAUAUCAUGGAACAUAUCGCUUUAUCAACAACAAAUCAAAAGAAGCUAAUCUGUAUGCUAGAAAUCCAGGAUCUUCUAGUAUAUAAUUCGUGGACAUGUAUGUAGAGCUGAAAAACUUUCAGUAAUGCAGAUUUGUAAGCCUAUCUGGCAGUAAUGUGUUAACACAGACAAAUACAUUGCUGUGAAACUCAGCAAUAGGGGGUCAAAAAUGCUUUGAAAUUGAUCAAGAAACAGGAACUUUUAAACAGAAGUCUUUCAAAGAGCUGAGAAGAGUGUUUCUGAAAUAAAAUUGUUACUUAAAUAAAUAGUUACUUAAAUUUAUAUAAAAACAAUAGAAACCCUCACAGAAUUUGUAAUGGUUUACUGUCAAUUUGUUGCCUUCUACUGGUGCCAUGUUUUGUCUAGUGGAUACCAUUAAGGACCAAUAAUGGUAAUGGUAAUGGUUUUAAUGGUUAGCUAAUGGUUUGUAAUGGUAUUUGUAGUGGAAACCAUUAGAAUUUCUGUGAUGGUUUCUAUUGUUUUUUUUUUGUUUUAUUUUUUUUUUCAGCAGGGACAACAGUGAUGUAACUCUUGGACUCUAGACUUCGUAGAACUGCUUUCUCCUCAGAUUUCUCCACUUUAUUCACACAGCAGCAGCUAGCAUUAGUAAUGAUACUGAUUUGAUCCAUUGCUAAGUUGUGUAUGUCUUGACUUUCAUGUAAAUAAAAUUUAUAUUAUUUCUUUGA